GCCAUGUUUUUUUAAUUAAAGACAUGAGAGCUCUAUGGGCUCAUUUUUCUCAAAAAGGAAGUCAUCCUAAGCCAACUUCUUGUCCCAUCAAUAAUCAGUUAGCUCUUUAAGAUGGAUGGAGAAAUUGACCAAUUAGAGAGGGGUUUGUUAGUGGAGCAAGAAGAGGCAGUUAUUUAUAGGGCGUCGUUUGAAGAGACGGAAGAUAAUUUGGUAAAGUAUGAAACAGCUCGAUGGGUAUUGUAUUCACUGCUGCUAUUAUUGGCUUGGGGAAUAGGUCUAAUCAUGUUGAUUUAUUUGCCCCUUCGGAGAUACAUUGUACGCAAAGACAUUCGCUCCAGGAAACUUUGUCUCACUCCUAAUGCCAUUGUUUACAAAGUUACAAAACCAGUUCCAUUUCCAUGUUUUGGGGAUUUGAAGAAGGAGAAAUAUGUUCUAUUGCCAUCAGUCGCUGACAUUGUAGUUGAACAAGGUUACCUGCAGUCCCUGUGUGGGGUCUAUUCUAUAAGAAUUGAAAAUGUUGGUGUGAGAAGGUCUCCGAGUGAUGAUCUCCAAAUCCAAGGAAUUGCGGAUGCCCUUGAUUUCCGGAAGGUUGUUCUAACGCGACUAUCAAAUCUUAGAAGUGAAGCAUUCUCUAGACAAACUUCAGUUGUUGAUGCUACUUCGAAUUUGAGAAUUGGUCAUGUUGAUGAUACUUCGAAUUUGAGAAUUGGUCAUUCUGGUGCUGCUUCGAUGUCUUCAUCGAGAUCCAUCAGGCAUGAUUCAUUGUCUCAUUCUGGAGACCUUGCUGUAUUACAGAAGCUGGAAGAAGUUGGAAGUUCUGUGAAGAGGGUUCAAAAUCUGAUUGAAGAACACCACCUUCAAACAUCAGAACAUGCGGCUUAAGAAGCACGAGCUCCAGGGCAUCAGUAGCAGCCAGAUUUAGCAGUGAGUCCUUAUUAUUCAAGGACGAUAUUAUUAGUUAUUUCAUUAAUUCAGUUUAGCUUUCAGUAGAUGGAGUUAGCUGGGGACAUGUCCCAUCAACUCCUUAUUCAAACAGUUAAAGGCUUUUCAGACUAUCAUGUUCAGAUAGUUUAUUUCAGUUGUUUUGUGUAUUUCAUACCCCACCCAGAUGUUAUAUUUUAUCAGAUAUUAUGUCUCAGUUUUGAAUCUUAUGGACUUUUAGCCUUUAUUUCUGCAUUUAUACAGUA